AUGGUCCUGGCUUUGGUCCAGAGCCACAGUCUGAGGGCAAACCCAGGAGCUAAAUACAUCCAAGAUAGCCUUGAGAUUGAUCUCGUUCAUGGAAAAGGGAGGGGUACGAUCAUCCUUCUACAGGGGCCGCCUGGCGUCGGUAAAACGUCUACCGCUGAAUGCGUAGCCUCUCAUACUGGUCGACCCUUGUUUCCAAUUACAUGUGGUGAUCUCGGCUCCAGUGCCAAGGAGGUCGAAGAGAGCUUGCGUAGUAGCUUUGACCUGGCCCAUAAAUGGGGAGCAGUCCUACUUCUGGACGAAGCUGACGUGUUUCUCAUGGAGCGGAACAAAGCUGAGCUUGAACGCAAUGGCGUCGUUUCAGUCUUCCUCCGCGUCUUGGAGUACUACCCGGGGAUUCUCCUCCUGACGACGAACCGAAGACAAGGCGAUAUCGAUGACUACUUAUUGCAGACCCAGGCAGGCAGAGACGACGCGUUCUUGGCCGAGGAAGCGAAGCUGAGAUACGACCACUAUCAACCAACCAAUAUGAAUGCGCAUUAUCAGAGCGACCCUUACUACAACCACACACCAAGAGACCAUCCAAGAUCGUCCCGAGACCAGCGGACUGGGAUCGAGGGGAGCUUGCCAUAUCAGUCUUUGCCGAGCCCGCAACUACAGGCGCCAUUAUGUGCCAGUCCCCAGACGCAGCAACGCGGCCUCAAUCAACUCAGUCCGAGAUCCCAUGAGCAACAACCUCAUGGAAUCGAUCAUGAUGUACCGACGACCCCUCGGCAACACAUGCACUCAGUGGGCAAUUGGACAGCUAGCACCCGAGAUCACGGAGAACAGCGUGAAACUCAUGGGUAG